AUGUUUUGCCGCUCGUUUUUGACGCUCUUUUCCCUUGGCCUGGUUGCAUCCGCAGCAGGCCGUACACUCUCUCAACGGGACGACGAUGCGUUUGAGGGCAAAGUGAAGGACCACGACGCAAUCGCGCCCUUUGCGCAGCAGGCCGCAGACGGACUGCCCGGACAGCUUCAACUGCAGUUCAAGCCCGCACUUAACGACGUGCGGGGCUGUCUCCCAUAUCCCGCUGUCGACGCAGAGGGCUUCCACAGUGGUGGACUGAAACCAACUGGAACUGAGGACGGUGACUGUCGAGGCUCCUCCACGGGCCAGGUCUACUCAAGAGUGGGAUACUCCAACGGUCGCAUGGCGGUGCUUUACGCAUGGUAUCUGCCCAAGAUGAUGACAAUGAGCGUCGACAACCCCUCCUCCAGGCAUUGGUAUUUGAGCUCCGUAGUCUGGCUUCACACCGAGGAGUGCAAUGCCACAGCGGCCGACUUCACAGUUGCGGGCGUAAGCUAUUCCCUCGGGGAAGACGCAUACAGCAAACGCUUCGACCAACCCACGCUCUUCGCGGCAGACGAUGUCUCUAGCACACACCCCGUGGUGGGAUACCGAGCCCAGACGUCCGUGUUUCCGUCAUACAAGAAUGUCACCGACGGCCUCGACAUGCCCCUUGUGAGCUGGACCAAGCUGCCGCAACCAGCCGUGGAUCAGUUCAACGGCUUCGUGUACGAGCUCGCGCGGUGCCCGUUCCAAGAUGCCAACUUCCAGGCUUCUCUGGACGCUGCUUUCAGCCCCGACUUUUACGCCAACCUGACGGCCGAGCCUGAUGCCGCCACAUGUGCCGCGAACCCUACGGACGAGUCGUCCCGUGCGGUCAAAGCCGCCCGCGCCCUUGGGGACACGGAACCUAUUGUCGACGGCCCCAAUAUCGACAUCCACAAUCCGCCUGCCGAUCCGGUUUUCACGUCAACUCCCCCCCGAUCAACCACAUCGUCAAGACCAACCUCUACCCGCCGUCCAACAGCAACCCCCACCCGCCGCCCAACCACUCCAACACAAAAGCCAGCGAGGGAGGGAUCCGGGCCCAAGAGGCCAGGCAAGCCUAGAAAGGGUAGAAAGAGAUUUCUCCGCGACGUUGGGGAUGAUGAGUGA